GCUGGGCUUCAUCCACUUCCGCCAUUAAAACUAAAAUGGUGGCGCCAAAGCUUAACAACAAAGCGGGUGUUUGCUUCUAAUUUUCAACAAGCAACUUUUCAAACAGAUUUCAUCUUUAGCGAUGUUUUAACCUCAACAAAGUACGAAAUAUAAAGUUAAAGACGACUCCCUUCUUUUCAACAUGUCUCCGAAAAACGAGCAACUUCUCAUCGUGUUGUCGAUCCUGCAAGGUCGUGACUUCCCCAAAUGCUCGCAGCUCAGCCUGGAGGUUCAGGCCAGCCUGGACGGCGAGCAGCUGACCACGGACCCAGUGCAGCACCUGGACCAGCCUCAGUUCAGCACGGAGCUGGCCUGGGAGCUGGACCGCAAGAUGCUGCACCAGCACAGAUUGCAGAGGACUCCCAUCAAGCUUCAGUGUGUGACUGUGGACUCCAGCAGCAGCAGCAGGGAAAGUGUUGGCUACAUCGUCCUGGACCUCAGAUCUGUACAGGAAGUCCCUCAGGAGCCCCGCUGGUACUCCCUGCUGAGCAGCAAGUACACCAAGAAGAAGCCCUCGCUGCUCCUCAGCAUGGUGCUGGAGAACGACGGGAGGUCCACCCCCCCGCUCGCCACUCCUGACGCCAACAAAGCCAAGGGGGACUCGUCAAGACAAGGCAGAAACUCUCCUCAUUCUUCUUCUGUCAAAGUUGGGCCUCGGGGCCAAGACCAGCAUCUAGACCGCCCCCCGGCCUCGCAGCAGCUGACGGACAAACUGGAGGCGGUCCUGGUGCCGGAGCUGGGCUACCAUCAGGUGGGACCGGCUGACGUGGCCGCCGACAUGUUCGUGCUGUCCGUCACCGUGGCCUUCGCCUGCAAGCUGGAACAGUUGAUCCCCAGCACCUUGAAGCUGUCCACCGAGGGCUCCAGAUUCUUCUUCUUCUACACUCUCCUGGGCAACGACAUCACCAGCGAGCCUUUCCAGAACCUUCUCAGCCCGGACUUCCAGCCUGAGCGCGCCUCCGUGCGCAUCCGCAGCAGCGAACACAUCCUGCGCCGCUUCCUGUCCCUGCAGCCAUCUUUACAAAUCCACCUGUGCUGCGGGACACACUCUCUGGGCAGCGGCAGUGUUCCCCUGGCGACGCUGUCUGCACUGGCGGUGGAUCUGGACAAGAGGGCGGCCACAGUGGAGGGCGUGUUCGCUCUGCAGCCGCCCGCUUCCACCCUCAGUCGGCCGCUGCCGCCUCAGCCCGCCGACCUGCAGCCCAACGUGAGCGUGGCCGUCACCCUGCGCCAGGAGGACGUCACGCCUGAGCUCCAGCCUUUAGCCAAUCAAGAAGGACAUAAGACAAGCUCCGCCCCUCCACCGUCCCUUCCUGUCAUAGUCCCUGCUGCUGAGGACCAACUGGCCGCUGGGCACGGGGACAAGGAGGAGGCAGCGUGUCCAGGCCACAACAUGGAGGCUCAAACUGAAGCAGUGGGCGGAGCUUCAUCGUUCCUAGUCUCUGCUAGCCAAUUGUCCAUCCCCCCGUCUGCGCACCACUACUGCUUCUCUUUGGACCUGUGCAGCCUGGGCAGCCUGGGCCUCACGCACCCCAUGGCCGCCACCCUCAGGUACUUGUAUCCCUUUUUUGGCAGCAAGUCUCCCGUCAUGACCAGCCACCCCGUGGAGCUGCACAGGAACAUGGAGGUGUCUCUGCCGCAGUCGUACUGCGCCUUCAACUUUGCCACCUUACCGCCGCAGCUACAGGACACCUUCCUCAGAGUGCCGCUGGUCCUGGAGCUUUGGCACGUGGAUGCUAGCAGCAGAGAGCAGCUGAUUGGCCGAGGCUCGCUGCAGUUGUCUCACUUGCUGGGCGCUGACAGACGUCAGUACCUGGCAGCCACAGGAGAGACCGGCUGGCGUCAAACUCACCAGGACAGGAUCCCCUUCUUCAGUCCUCAGAGUGAGAAAGUGGCAGAGUUGAGCUACAUGGCCACGCUGGACGACUUUGGACUGCUUCACGUCAAAGAGAUACCUGCGCCACAGUCCACCCAGGUUCACAUCAAAGAGAUACCUGCGCCACAGUCCACCCAGAGUGAACAUGCUGCUCCUUUGACAACACCUGCCUCGCCCCUUGUGUCAGCCCCGCCCCUUGUGUCAGCCCCGCCCCUUGUGUCAGCCCCGCCUCCUGUGUCAGCCCCACCUCCUGUGUCAGCCCCGCCUCCUUUGUCAGCCCCCCCGUGCCCACGGGACACACAAGAGUACCACAAGGCUCUGGAGUUGGAACUGUGGAAGGAGAAGCAGGAGGACGACUUCAAUGAUCAGCUGAGGAGGAAGGAGUUGGUGCACAUGCAGGCGUUGGCAGAAGAGUGGAUGCGGCGUGAUGGUGAGAGAGAGGCGUGUGUCAAGAAGAAGGAGAUGGAGUGUGACCGUUUGGAAGAAAAACUUCAGUCAACUUUAGUUGAUCUGGAAAAGAAAGACAAAGAACUCACUGAGGACAAACUCAAGACCCAAAGGAUGCAGCGAGACCUUCUAGCCGAGCACAAGCUGAGCCAGCAGGAGUCUGAUGAGAAGAGCAGGAGGUUGCAGCUGGAGUGCGACCACCGAGUGGCGCUGGAGAAAGACAAAGUGCGACUGAUAGAGGACGAGCGAGCGCGGCUCCUCAGGCAGUUGUCAGACGCAGAGAACCGCAUCAGACUUCAGGAGAAAGAGUUCCAGAAGUACAAAGAACAACAAAACGUCAGACCCGAAGUACGUCUGCAGUCUGAGAUCAACAUCCUGACUCUGGAGAAGGUGGAGUUGGAGAGAAAGUUGGAGUCCACCACCAAGUCCAAACUUUACUACAAGCAGCAGUGGGGCCGCGCCCUCAAAGAACUUGCACGCUUUAAAGAGCGGGCGCAGGAGAACGCCAUGACGCGUCAUCAGAAGCGGCAGGCGGAGCUGGACAGCAUGAAGCUACGUUACCUAGCAACAGAGGAGAAGGAGGCGGUCCGACAGGACAGACAGGAACUGGGUGACAUCAGGAACCAAGUCAACAGGCUCAAGCAACAGGGGGACGGCUUAGACUCCGCCCCCUCCGUGACCGGACCCGCCCCCAAGCUGAGCCAGAGCGCCGACGAGCACCUGAGCCGCCUGCUGGAGGAGCGAGACACGCUGCUGAGGACGGGCGUGUACACGCACGACGACCGCAUCAUCGCCCAGCUCAACCGCCAGAUCCAGGACGCCAUGAUGGACACCACCUGACGGCCAAUCAGGUUAUAGGGCGUGUACACGCACGACGACCGCCAGAUCCAGGACGCCAUGAUGGACACCACCUGACAGCCAAUCAGGUUAUAGGGCGUGUACACGCACGACGACCGCCAGAUCCAGGACGCCAUGAUGGACACCACCUGACGGCCAACCAGGUUAUAGGGCGUGUACACGCACGACGACCGCAUCAACCGCCAGCUCCAGGACGCCAUGAUGGACACCACCUGACGGCCAAUCAGGUUAGGACAUGAACAGACAUAUUUGUUAGCACUUUAGCAACUAUGUUAGCUACUUGAGGCUGAGACAAAAGCACCAUCUUUCUUAGACUCUUGAUAUUUAUUUAUUUCUUUAUCCUGGUAUGCACCACACCAGUCAUAAUAACAAUAAUCAUUCUUCUGUGUUUUAUAAUAAAAUGUCAGCUUUUCUUCACGUUUUAUUGUCAACUCAUGCAAACGUGAGCAUUAACGUCCCGUCAAGUAAACAGGA